CAAUCAGAUCGUGUUUCUUAUCCUGAAGUCCCGCCCGUUGGUGACUCUAAAACAGCUUCGUUGGGAUAGAUUUUAUGUUUUUUUACAAUGCUUGGGUAAAUAUUUAGCAAGUGUUACUUCCUAACAAGUGUACAUUCAUGGGAAUUAGUGAACAGGAACAAUAUCCGUCUCAUUACCAGACUUUUUUUUUUUGCCCUGUGGAAUUUUGCUAUUCUUACAGCAGUAUCGUUAGCAAUGCUAAACAGCAGUAGCGUUGUAAAACCGGUGCUGCAGGUGACAAUAACUCCUCCUCGCUCCUUGCUCGUUUAAAGACACAUUUAACUUGGUUAAGCUCUCGUGGGCGUGAAGGUGAAACCUGUCUCGAGCGUUUCCAGACCGGAACAAUGAAUGUCUUCCGACACCUGAUAAACUUUGGGGUGAACCCUGCAGCGCUGGCUUAUGCCAUGACCACUCUGGGGUCUAGCAUGAUAAACAAUAUGUUCAGCUUCUACUAUGUGAAACUCUUCCUGAAUAGGUACAAGAUAUCCGAAGGAGCGUUUCACCAAUCACAAGUGGUGUACAUGGUGUGGAAUGCAGUUAAUGACCCUCUCUUUGGUUACCUGCAAGAUAACUCCAGGGUACCCUGCUGCUCUCAGCGACGUCUCUCCAUUCUGUACGGCGCUCCCCUCUACUCGCUAGCUUUUCUUUUAGCCUGGUUCCCAUGGCGUUCCUACGCCCCUGGCGACUGGUUGAGUGGUUUACACUUGACAGUAGCGCUGUGUGCUUUCGAUGGCAUGCUAACUUUUGUGCUGUUGGCACAAUGUGCCUUGUUUGCAGAGAUUUCCAGCCAUCAUCAGAACAGACUUAGACUCAUAAAAUACAACCAGGUGGCUUCUCUCAUUGGCUCAUCCAGUGUCCUCUUCUGUGGUGUGGUUUCCAACAACAUGGAAGACUUCUUGGCCUUUCAGGCAUUCGCUGUGCUGAUUGCUAUCCUGAGCUGUGGCUGCAUGCUCUACACAGGCUUCCACAGCGAGAGCCGCUUUGACAAUAAAGCAUCUCAAUCAGAUGCUCCCGCGUCUGUUGAGCAGACUUCGCAUCCAUUGGCAUGCUCCUUCUCCACGUUGAAAACGUUGACAUGGCAAAUCCUGACCAACAGGGACUUUCAGCUAUUUGUACUAAUGAACUUCUUCCAGGUGUUCAUGCUGGCCUUCUUUAAUAAUUUUACCAUGAUAUUUACUGAGCACCUGAUUCCUCCAGAUGUGCUUCCAUCAUUGGCAAAGAGCAUCAUGUAUGGAGCAGCAUUCAUCUGUCCACAGCUUUUAGUGCUGAGCUCUCAGAGUCUGCUGCAUAGGCAUGGCUACUACAGGAUCAUCCUCUUCAUCUUCUAUGUGGAAGCUGGAAUGGCAGCUGUCAUGCUAGCAAUUGGUCCUCAGCACUACUAUUUCAUGGCAUUUUUCCUCACCAUUAACAUGGUUAUAAUUCAGGCCUCCUUCAGUCUUUUUGGGUUGCCUUUGGCUGACAUUAUUGACACUGACCUGCAGAAAUACAAGCGCAGUUCCCCUCUCUCUUCCAUGGUGUUUGGAACAAAUGCACUGUUCACAAAGCCAGCUCAGUCUCUGGCUCCUAUGAUAGUGUUAAAUAUCCUGAACCACUUUGGGUAUGAACAGCUGAAGGAUGUCACAAAGGAUUCAGAUCCGAGUGCCUUGGAGAGCCUCCACAGAGCCAUGUUCUACUUGGUUUGCUUGGUGCCCAUGUGUGUCGCUGCUCUGCAAGUCCUGGCUUGGAGGCCGUUUUCCAUUCGCAACAGUCACACAGUUGACACAAAAAAGUCCUGAAAAUAAAAUCCUUGGAAAAAGUUGUUAUGAGCAACAAGGAAGCUGUGGAAGCGCGGUGGAGACCAACACAACUUCGAAUGCUUUGUGAGAGGCGGGUUGUGUAAGAGCCUUGACGUUUAGAGAGGAAAUAGUCGCCUGGUCCACGCUGGUUUUGUAGUUUUUAUGUCUCAUUUCAUGAGAAAAGAUAAGAAGCACAAAUGACUUGCAUCCUUUGCAGACUUGCUUGUUUCCUCAGACUCAACAGCAUCAUCCAGCUGGUGUUUAAUGGCUUUACAAUUUCCUUUCCGUCAAGAUGAUGGAGGUCUGAAUUCAUCAAUUCCUUGAAUGAAGCUUAGACAUUUUGAUAGAUGUCAUCAGAAGAAUGCUGCAGGUCGUUGCUCGAGGGCUGAAACGAUAUUAAAACUUGGUCAAAAACAGUUAAAUUGAAUUUUGUACAGACAUCCUGCGGCAGAAGUUACACAAUCUGUCUAUUUGACUAAAUCUAACCUCAACAUGCUGUAACAACAACAUUUACCUCAACUUCAGAAGAGCUUCUGCUUGCUGUUUGAUUGUUUUUCUCCAUGUUUCUCUUCUUGUGCAUUUCUUUCAGCACGUCCUGGAACUGUACUUUUUUAUUUGCGUUUUUCUAUAAGGGAAAAGAUGAGUAAAAAUUUAUUAUAAAGCCCUUUUUUUGGAGGGGGGGUUAGGAUUUUUUUUCUGCCUUGGUAUUUACAGAGGGUUUAGUUUGUUCCUGUUCCUCUUUUUUUUUUUUUGCAUCUGUGGGCUUUUCCCUAUUUUGAAAACAAUGGAUUCAUCAAACAUGAGUUAAAACAGAAGAGAGAGACCUUGUCGUUUUUGGAUGUCUUUCUGCAGAUGUUCAUAUUGCAGCCAUACUAGAACAGGAAGAGAAAGGUUAAUUUCACGUGAGCACAAACUGACUUUCAGUCCGGCUUGCACAAUAGAUCACAUUAAAAUAAAUGUGUCUGUGAUUCACCUUCUUUAGAAUGAUGAGCGUCACUAUAGCCAAGCUGUAGACGGCCAAGAGGACAAAUGAUACCGACACGAUUUUUCCCAUCACUGUUUUAGUAUUUUCUAAAAAAAAGAAAGAAAGUGAAGGCGUCGUCUUCAUUUUAAUGACUGUAAAAUGAGUUUUCUCUCUAAACAGUCCUUACCUCUCACUACAAGAGUUGCUCCCUCCCCUACAAACGGUGUGCAGCACCCAUUCUGAGUUGCUGCGGCACAGAAGUACAUCCCGCUGUCACUCGCUUUAAGUGAAUUAAUUUGAAAAGACGCUUCUCCUUGGUACUUUUUACUCAUAUGAAGCGGUAGAGAGACAUUCUCUUUGAACCAGUAAAAUUCUACUGAACACUUGGAAAUAACUGUACAAUUGAAAACAGCUUCUUCCCCUAUUUUCUUCCAGAUUAUGUUGUUUGACUGUGAUAUGUUGACAUGACAUGUAUCCUCGCCAGCUGCAAUAAACAGGCAAAAGAGAAUCAAUAUGAAUCACACCCAGCCUUUUACAUAUAUUUCCUAGAGGAAUUAUUUACAGACGGCAAAGAUAUGAAAAUGAUCUUACCUGUGACCAACAGGUGGGCGAGCAGGAGAGACAGCCAAAACAACCGGUCCAUGUCUGCGGCUUGAAAGACACUGAA